GUCAAUGACAAAAAUUAUUCAAUCAUCAAUGAGUGCAGUGUGAUUUCUUCGACUUGUUUAUCCCCAUUCUGAUCAAUGUUCUGCAAACUUCUUCUUCCAAUGGUUGCAUACCAAUUUCCACCGGUAUAUGCUUGCAAUUCUUUGAGGCGCAUGGAUGUAACAAGGCGCGAUCCUCUUAGGUGUCCAAGCGACGUCGUGAGGAUAACUUCUAGGAUGAUUUCGGUACGAGUAAACGAGCGGACUAAUCGUAAUUGUUGGAAUCUCUCGACUCGAACUACGACUUGACAGCAGCAAAGAUGUAUGGUAUUCUUCUGAUUUGGAACCAAGGAGCGCUCGCAUUUGCCUAUCCGCCAAAAAAGAAGGCAAAAUCCGCGAGAAAGGCCCUUGCCGCUUGUACAGAGCAACUAUACGUUGUUCAUGCUCAUCACACUUGCGAGGUUAUACGAUUCUUGGCUUCGACCAACGACUCGCUCGGGGUCAAACCGGAAGGACCCAAUUCCUUGAUUUCAUAUGCGCACACUGUGCAGUGCAGGCAACCAAACGAAUAGAUAUCGCGGGACAGUACAACUAUGCCAGAGCGCAACCCCACUCCGUGAAGCCAAUCAUCUACAUCCCGCCGUGAGACGACCCCAGCUUGCAUUGUUGUACUCCCUAACCUAGCUGCCAAAUCUACCCAAAAGAAUGACUCACACGCUCUUUGCCCAGAACUAGAAUGACACC